GGAACUCACUCCUCUGUCGUAGAUUCCUAAUAACACUUGUAUAAAUAAGUCUCUCGAUUCACGCUUUCUCACACACAUAACUUUCAUCGAAUCAACCAUUACAAACAAAACAAAAAACUCUCUAAUUUUAUCUCUUCACUCUAAACUCAAUCAAAUUUGAAAACCUCUGUUAUGGCGACAAAAGAAGGCAAAGCAAUUGGUAUAGACCUCGGCACAACCUACAGUUGCGUCGGCGUAUGGCAAAACGACCGCGUCGAAAUAAUCCCAAACGACCAAGGUAACCGAACCACACCAUCCUACGUGGCAUUCACCGACACCGAAAGACUAAUCGGCGACGCAGCCAAAAAUCAAGUAGCAAUGAAUCCACAAAACACCGUUUUUGACGCCAAGCGUUUAAUCGGCCGUAGAUUCUCCGACGAAUCAGUUCAAAAUGACAUGAAACUAUGGCCGUUUAAAGUAAUUCCAGGUCCCGCCGAUAAACCAAUGAUCGUCGUUAAUUACAAAGGCGAAGAGAAAAAAUUCUCAGCAGAGGAAAUUUCUUCAAUGGUUUUAAUUAAAAUGAGGGAAGUAGCAGAAGCGUUUUUAGGUCAUUCUGUGAAAAACGCUGUUGUUACUGUUCCUGCUUAUUUCAACGAUUCUCAAAGACAAGCUACGAAAGAUGCAGGUGCUAUUUCUGGUUUAAACGUGCUGAGAAUAAUUAAUGAACCUACUGCUGCUGCUAUAGCUUAUGGUUUAGAUAAAAAAGCUUCUAGAAAAGGUGAACAAAACGUGCUUAUUUUUGACUUAGGAGGUGGAACUUUUGAUGUUUCUUUACUUACUAUUGAAGAAGGGAUUUUUGAAGUGAAAGCUACUGCUGGUGAUACUCAUCUUGGUGGUGAAGAUUUUGAUAACAGGAUGGUGAAUCAUUUUGUUUCUGAAUUUAGGAGGAAAAAUAAGAAGGAUAUUAGUGGAAAUGCUAGAGCUUUGAGGAGAUUAAGAACUGCUUGUGAAAGAGCUAAGAGAACACUUUCUUCAACUGCACAAACAACUAUUGAAAUUGAUUCUUUAUAUGAAGGAAUUGAUUUCUAUGCUACUAUUACAAGGGCUAGGUUUGAAGAAUUGAAUAUGGAUUUAUUUAGGAAAUGUAUGGAACCUGUUGAGAAGUGUUUGAGGGAUGCUAAGAUUGAUAAGAGUAAUGUUCAUGAAGUUGUUCUUGUUGGUGGUUCAACUAGGAUUCCAAAAGUUCAACAACUUUUGCAGGAUUUCUUCAAUGGUAAAGAGCUUUGUAAAAGUAUUAAUCCUGAUGAAGCUGUUGCUUAUGGUGCUGCUGUUCAAGCUGCGAUUUUGAGCGGUGAAGGCGAUGAAAAAGUUCAAGAUCUUUUGUUGCUUGAUGUUACUCCUCUUAGUCUUGGAUUGGAAACUGCUGGUGGUGUUAUGACAGUUUUGAUUCCGAGGAACACGACCAUUCCUACAAAGAAAGAACAGAUUUUCUCGACUUAUUCGGAUAAUCAACCCGGUGUUUUGAUUCAAGUUUUCGAAGGAGAACGCGCCAGGACGAAGGAUAACAAUCUUCUUGGCAAAUUUGAACUCACUGGUAUACCUCCAGCUCCAAGAGGUGUACCACAGGUCAAUGUUUGUUUCGAUAUUGAUGCGAACGGAAUUUUGAAUGUUUCUGCUGAAGAUAAAACAGCUGGAGUGAAGAACAAGAUAACUAUUACUAAUGAUAAAGGAAGGUUGAGUAAGGAGGAGAUAGAGAAGAUGGUGAAAGAUGCAGAGAGGUAUAAGGCAGAGGAUGAAGAAGUGAAGAAGAAAGUGGAGGCGAAGAAUUCGCUUGAGAAUUAUGCUUAUAAUAUGAGGAACACGAUUAAGGAUGAGAAGAUUAGUGGGAAGUUGAGUGUGGAGGAUAAAGAGAAGAUUGAGAAGGCUGUGGAAGAUGCUAUAGUGUGGUUGGAAGGGAAUCAAUUGGGUGAAGUUGAAGAGUUUGAGGAUAAGCAGAAGGAAUUGGAAGGGAUUUGUAAUCCUAUUAUUGCUAAGAUGUAUCAAGGUGGUGCUGGAGAUGUGCCUAUGGGGGGUGAUAUGCCUGGUGCUGGUUCUGCUGGGUCGGGUUCUGGAGCUGGGCCUAAAAUUGAAGAAGUUGACUAAUGUUCUUUAAAACCUUUGUUGGUUAUGUUGAGUGUAUCAUGGUACUAUAAAAGUUGUUUUGUUCAUUAGGAUAAUGUUAGUGUAACAGAAUGUAUGUAAGCAUGUAUUAAAGAAUAAGGUGUUUUAUGUUUGUUUUUUUUUUCCUUUCUUUUUCCCGCUUUGUGUGAUAAGUGUAAUUGAAAGAGAUGAAUGUAAUUUUAAUUUCUAGUUAAAUGGAUUUUAUUUAA